GGGGAAAUGAAAUUUAUAUGAUACAGUAUAGGUAUAAUAAAGUGUAAGUGAACGUGAAAAUCGCCGUCAGAAGUGGCGUGAUACGAGCAAUAGCGUACUCGCGAGAUAAAAAUAAUUUUUGCCAGGGAGCUAACAACAACUAACAACUAACACGCUUGCAGACCGUGCUGUUGCAUGAUUCGUGUCCUCAACCUCAAACAAUUAAAACCAUGGCAGCCAGGAUUCUUUUGAGAAGACAAUCAAUAAGUAGAAUGAUGAAUGCCUCGAGAUCGGCGAGGACAACUUCAACAAUAGGUAAUUUAAAUAAUAUUAAAGAUGAUGACAAUUGGAGAACAGAACUUCUGGCUACUAUGAGAAUAUUUCAAAAUUUUAUUAGUCCUGAAGAGGAGGAUUCGUUGUUUCGGGAAGUAGAACCAUACAUGAAACGUCUGCGAUAUGAAUUUUCCCACUGGGAUGAUGCGAUCCAUGGUUACCGUGAGACUGAAAGGGCCAAAUGGAAUGAAGAUAAUUCUAAAAUAAUUGAACGUGUCAAAGCAAUGGCUUUUCCACCGGGUAUGCCUGAGCUGGGUCUGGUUCAUGUUUUGGACCUCGCAGCUGAGGGAAAAAUAAAACCUCAUGUUGACAGUGUUCGGUUCUGUGGAGAUAUUAUUGCUGGCAUCAGUUUGUUGAGUGACUGCGUAAUGAGAUUGACUCAAGUUGGUAAUGAAAAAGAAUUUCGCCACGAUUUUUUGCUACCUCGAAGAUCACUUUAUAUAAUGAGUGGUGUAGCCAGACAUAAAUACAACCAUGAAGUAUUAGGACCAGAAGAUUCAAUUUUUAAUGAUAAGAAAAUUAACAAAACUAGAAGAAUAUCGAUUAUAUGUCGCAGUGCUCCAAAUCCACAAAAAAAUGAUUAAAUUUUUAAUUAUUAUCACAAUUUUUUGUUUUUAUUUAUUACGAAUAAUUGCUGUCUCUCAAAUCAGGUAAAUAGAUAAGUUUGUAAAUAUAUAUUAAAUUAAAAAUACAAUAGUGAGGAUUGUAAA